AUGGGCGAAGUUCCAGAAGCUUUGCGAUCCUCCGUCGUGCUCUUCCUGUCCUACAAAGACCUCAUUAUCUGCAUCGCAAGCUCGGCCCUGGCGGGGAUCGGCGUUGGUUUCUUCAGCUGCCUGCUCUCCAGCGCUGAUAAGCAGAGGCAGCUGAACGGGGGCAAGCACACAGACCGCAGCCGAAUUCGCUGCGUCCUGGGUGCCAUAGGUUCCACCAUCUUCGGCAUCCUCUCCCUGGUGGGCCUCAACUAUGGCCCGGUGGCCCUCGUCGUGGUUGUACGAGCAGGGGCUACCCUGCCUGCGAACGCACUCUUCAGCCAGGUCUUCCAGAUCAGGCCGCUGACUUCCAGUGAUGCCUUAGGCACCCUUGUGACUCUGUCAGGCGUCGUUUGCUUCACGCUUUUUCAGGGUGAUCCUGGACCAGAGGUCACGGCAAGUCUUUUUGUUCAACUUCUUCAGCGCCCGGCGGCCAUUGUGGUCGGUGGAGCCGUACUUCUGGCUCUGCUGCUCUCGAUCCUAUACAUGCUCCGAGAGCGUCUCCGCGCCAGGAGCUGCUUGCUUCGAAGACAUCAUUCUUCAGGCAGGUGGCCGAUCUUCACCCGGCGCCUCCCAGGACGAAAGAAGGAGCAGAGGUCCGAGAGUACCAGUGAGGAGGUUCGGAGUUCGGACGAGGACUCGGCAACCGCCAGGACGUUCAAACGGCGCUUCUGGCGCCAGGAGACCAUCGAGGUGUUGGCGGUCUGCACCGUGACGAGCACCAGCAGCGCCGCCAUGGACGUGGCAGCAAAGGGCUGGGCGGCUUCCCUGAAGCUUGGCCCGGCCCGGGCUCUGCAGUCGGAGCUCUUCUGGAUCUCCGUCGUCGCCAACCUCCUCUUCCUGGUUGGAAUGCGGGCAGGGACGAUCAUCGGGUGCCACCGCUGUGACGUCCUCCUCUUCAUCCCCUGCUCCACCGUCAUGAACAUCUUCGUGAGCGUAGCAACGGGCCUGGUGGUGCUUGAGGAGUGGAAGGAAGUGAAAUCCUGGACGGGGCUGGCCUCGAGCUCUUUGACCGUCUUGGGCGGCAUCAUCAUGUUGGUCACAGGCCCGGCGGAGGGCGACAACGAGAGGUCGGCAAAGGACUCCGACUCGGAGACCCUCGAGGCCACCGGCUCCGAGGACUUCGAGGAGCCGAGCUGCGUCUGUGAUGCAGUCGAGAUUGAUGGAUCGGAUCCCGAUGAUCCGGACGAGACAGCCAUGGCGACGACAGUCUCGUUUUCAAGCCUCCUCUACACCCACAAGAUGCAUGCUUUGGCCAGCAUGAAUAAGAACCACUCCAGGGCUGCCUUUUACCGCGACUGCAUGCAGAAAGGUUUGAGGGCCCUGAAACCGGAGAUGCGCUUCGUUUCCGCGCCGGAUCUGCGCGGCCUGGAGGAUGAUCAUGCAUCAGCGAGCAGCUCUCGAGCGAGACCGAAAGGUUAA